GAGAAAGCCAACAACUUCCCUCCGAUUCAAUUUAAUCGGCUGAAAACCAUAAAACCGAUCAUCUCUUCCUCUCUUAUCACUUUUUUUCUCUCACAUUUCUUCAACAACACCACCACAGAUGGGGAAAGGUCCAGGUCUCUAUCCCGAUAUCGGCAAAAAAGCUAGAGAUCUUCUAUACAAGGAUUACCAAAGCGACCAUAAGUUCUCUCUCACCACCUAUACCGCCAACGGAGUUGCCAUUACUGCAUCAGGAGCUAAGAAAGGUGAGUUGAUUUUGGCAGAUGUCAACACUAAACUGAUCAACAAAAACAUCACGACUGAUGUCAAAGUGGACACAAACUCAAAGCUAUGCACAACUAUCACCAUCGAUGAACCUGCACCUGGAUUGAAGACCAUCUUCAGCUUUGUUGUUCCUGAUCAGAGAUCUGGAAAGGUUGAACUUCAGUACUUACACGAGUACGCAGGAAUCAGCACCAGCAUCGGUUUGACUGCUAGCCCCAUUGUCAACUUCUCUGGUGUGGCCGGAAACAACACAGUGGCACUUGGGACUGAUGUUUCUUUUGAUACCGCAUCUGGGAACUUCACCAAAUAUAAUGCAGCCCUAAGUUUCUCGACUUCUGACCUCAUUGCAUCCUUGACACUGAACGAUAAGGCGGAUAGCGUUACUGCUUCCUACUACCACACAGUAAGCCCAUUAACCAACACAGCAGUUGGUGCAGAGUUGAGCCAUGGUUUCUCGAGCAACGAGAACUCUCUGACCAUCGGAACACAGCAUUCGCUAGACCCAUUGACCACAGUGAAGGCUCGGGUGAACAACUCUGGGAUAGCAAGUGCUCUCCUGCAGCACGAAUGGCGGCCAAAAUCCCUGUUCACCAUAUCAGGAGAAGUGGACACUAGGGCAAUUGAGAAGAGUGCAAAGGUUGGACUGGCUUUAGCUCUAAAGCCUUGAAAGAGCCACACACGCUUUUGUAUGAUGCGGAGAAAUAAGGUGGGUUGAUGCAAGAUUUUUCCCAUUGAAAAUGUUUGCACUAUUUUGAGGACCAUGUUUAUUUUGUGGUUUACGAAUUCUCCAUUGAUUUAUUUAAGGAGAUACAUUGUCCAAUUGGGUUGAUCAUUAUCCUUUCACUCUCUCUAAAAGACUCUUCAACAUUAUGACGAGAAAAAUGAUGAGUUUGUGACAAC